AUGACAAUCGUAUCGAAGAGCAGCAAGAGCGUUACCUUCCACCCGACCGUCACAGGUAUUCAAAUCAUGAACAUCGACGAUUACACGGCCCGCGAGAUCUCGGCUUCAUGGUACAGCCAAGAAGAAAUGGAUCGCAUCACCAAUCGGUGCGUCAAGUUACUGAAGAGAAUGGAAAGUGGAGAUUACAACAAAUGCAAAAAGUACUGCGCCCGAGGUCUUGAGGGCCACACCAAAACCGGUGCCAUCAGCAAAAACAAGAACAGAGCCUCGGCACGUGCAGCAGUACUAAUGGAACAAUCUAGGCAAUGGAUUGAGAACAGAGUCGAUGAGCAAGCCAUUGCAGAUGCCUAUCGAAGCAAAGCCUCUAGCUGUCAGCUGUGGGCCCAAAUCGUUGCAACGGGUGACGAAGAAGCUGUAGGUUUUGAGGGAAAGAAAAUAAUAGAGAAGGUAUCAAGAUCAGAUUCCUUCCAGCAACAGCUCCUACCAGCGGCGGCAUGA